CGUUGCCCUUCUCAAGGAACAUUGAAUAAAAGAAACUGUUACAGAAAAACAAACCAAUGCCUAAAGCAUUUCAUAUAAUCCUGUAAUUACUGUCUUUAUACCUGACACCAAUGAACUUUAUUCUUGCACAAUUGAUGGCAAAGACACCCACGCACAAAUGCCCAUAUCAAUAGAUUUUUAAUUUUUACAUUUUAUUGACUGUGAUUAUAUGUGUACCUGCAAUCAUGGCGUGUAUAAAUGACCUUUAGCACAAUCCCACAACCUUAUGGACAAUUAAACGUGUUAUUGUAGUUGGAUGUUCCACUCCAAGAUCUAUUGUGUUGAGGAGCAAUAAAUAGUUGGGUGGAAAAGCACAAGAAUUCACUGUUGUCUUCUGCUGCUGUGGAAAGAGACUGACCAUGCUGUGCCGUGUUGCCUUCUUCUCUCUUCUGGUCCUGUCUUUGGUGCAGGAAGACAGCUGCUAUUCGUGUAAGAGUAAAGGCAAACUAUCUAAACUGCAAAGCAAAGUCCUGACUCUGUCCGAUGCAGUGUCAGAAGAAGUCAGUAAGAUGAUUCAUGAUGACAAACACAAGAAGAUUCAUCAAACUGUAAAAGACAAGGUACAGGACAAGAUUUGUACGACCAAACUUGACUCUGACACCGCUGCCGCCAUCACAAAGAAGUUCGAGGGCUUCCAAACCAAACUGAAAAAUGGCUCCAUAAGCAAGGGAGACAUAAUCAGUUUCCUGGAGAAUGAUCCGCUCAAAAAAGUCGAGGAAUGUUUUGCUAAACUAUUCAACAAGAAUAAGAAAGAAUAACAUCCAAGCAGAAGGAAGUGAUAUCAAAAAUACUUGGAGAAAAUCUGCUGCAUAUCCUACAAAUCACUCCCACGAUGCCCUUACCUGCAAAGUCAAUCAAUCACAAAUAGACCUUUGGAAUCUCCUAGAAUCGACUUUAUUUCAAUAAAAAUUUGUUGCUAUACACAGAGUUCUGUGCCAUCAGUAUACAGUGUAUAACGUAUCUGCCACAGGCCGUCUCUGUAUAUCACAUUACAUCUGGAUAUAAUCGCAAUCACUACAGUAGAAAAUAAAAAAGAUUAAAAUGAUGCAUCACAA